AUGGAGACGCUCUGCACGGCGAGAGGCACGAGACAAGGGGGUCGCGGGGAUGAGGGAGGUGGGUAUGGGGUGAGAGCCGAAUGGCAAGGGUGUGACCGUGAAGUUACGGUGGGGCGAGGAGAGUGGGGUGCAUGGGGUGGGGGGCGAGGGAGGGGGGUGCAUGGGGUGGGGGGCGAGGGAGGGGGGUUGAGGGAGGGGGUGGGGGUUGAGGCCGAGCGCGCUCAACCUCCUCGCCACAUCCCCCCCACUCUCAACGCCGUUGCUCUCAUCUCCCUCACUCUCAUCCACCUCACUCUCACCCCCCUCACUCUCAUCCUCCUCACUCUCAUCCCCCUCGCUCUCAUCCCCCUCACUCUCAUCCCCCUCACUCUCAUUCCCCUCACACUCAUCCCCCUCACUCUCAUCCCCCUCACUCUCAUCCCCCUCACCCUCCCCACCCCCCCCCACUCACAUGUCUCUGAGCGCGGUGAACUUGGAGAUGGCAGCAGUGAACGGAGAGCCAGAGAUGGAGUUGCCCGACAGAUCAACGGCCUGCAGGUGCUCCAGCGCCAACGUCCCCAUUGCCCCCUCACGGCCUCACAUGCUGGAGACGCGCUCGCACAUGCUGGAGACGCACUCGCACAUGCUGGAGACGCGCUCUCACAUGCUGGAGACGCGCUCUCACAUGCUGGAGACGCGCUCUCACACGCUGGAGACGCGCUCUCACAUGCUGGAGACGCGCUCUCACAUGCUGGAGACGCGCUCUCACAUGCUGGAGACGCGCUCUCACAUGCUGGAGACGCGCUCUCACAUGCUGGAGACGCGCUCUCACGUGCUGGAGACGCGCUCUCACAUGCUGGAGACGCGCUCUCACAUGCUGGAGACGCGCUCUCACAUGCUGGAGACGCGCUCUCACAUGCUGGAGACGCGCUCUCACAUGCUGGAGACGCGCUCUCACAUGCUGGAGACGCGCUCUCACAUGCCGGAGACGCGCUCUCACAUGCCGGAGACACGCUCUCAAAUGCUGGAGACGCGCUCUCACAUGCUGGAGACGCGCUCUCACAUGCUGGAGACGCGCUCUCACAUGCUGGAGACGCGCUCUCACAUGCUGGAGACGCGCUCUCACAUGCUGGAGACGCGCUCUCACAUGCUGGAGACGCGCUCUCACAUGCUGGAGACGCGCUCUCACAUGCUGGAGACGCGCUCUCACAUGCUGGAGACGCGCUCUCACAUGCCGGAGACGCGCUCUCAAAUGCUGGAGACGCGCUCUCACAUGCUGGAGACGUGCUCUCACAUGCUGGAGACGCGCUCUCACAUGCUGGAGACGCGCUCUCACAUGCUGGAGACGCGCUCUCACAUGCUGGAGACGUGCUCUCACAUGCUGGAGACGCGCUCUCACAUGCUGGAGACGCGCUCUCACAUGCUGGAGACGCGCUCUCACAUGCUGGAGACGCGCUCUCACAUGCUGGAGACGCGCUCUCACAGUGCCCUCAAAUGCUCACGGCUUGCUCAUCCCCACCGCCCCAUCAGUUGCUCACAUGCUGGAGACGCGGCCGUGCGAGUCGCAGGAGAGGAACUCCCAGAACUGCACGCACGGCUUGCUCUGCUGCACCGACAGCCCCUGCGACUGAUUCACCCACCCCGCCCACCGGAACGCCGCAUGCCCGCCCAGCGCUGCCGCCAGCGACAGCAGCGCCGCCUCUGGGCGUUGGGGCAGGGGUGGGAUGGUGGGAGAGCGGAGAUACGGGGGGAGAUGAUUGGACGCGCGGAGGCGUAAGGGCUGCGGUGGGAGGUGCGCUGCUGGUCGUGCGCGUAGCGCAUGAUGGGGCCAUGGAAGGGAAGGGCAUAGGGGUGUGGAACAGGCGCCGCGCCAGAGAGCAGCGCGCUCUAAGAAGCGCGCAGAACGACGGAGUGACACUGGGAACACUCCGCGUGAGACCGGAUGAUCCGCGCAUCCCUCUUGCGUGCGCAGCAGCGGGAGAUGAAGGCGGAGCAGCGAGGGCGGAAGUAGUAGGCGCGGCGGGCGGAGCUGCGGAGGUGUCCGAUGCGCGCGUGGCGCGAGUGAUGCGCGUUUUAUGGGAGGACCUGCCGGUGCAGUAUGAGCGAGAGCUGGGUUGGUCCAUCUACGAUGCCAGCGUGGCAUUCGUGGAUCCUGUGACGCGAUUGGACGGGCUGAUUCUGUUCAGCAGCCUCAGGAUAAUCACGGCAGUGGGAUUCGAACCCGUGUCUCUCGUUUUCGCAGUGCACUCACUGGAAUAG